AUGUCUUGUCUCUAUGGAAAGUUGGAAAUUGAUUUUGAAAUAAAAGCUUCUGCUUCUAAAUUUCAUGAAAUGUUUCAUAAGAGACCACACCAUCUUUCCAAUGCUUCUGGAGACAAAGUACGAGGUUGUGAGCUGCAUGAGAGUGAAUGGGGCAAAGUUGGUUCCAUCGUCUCCUGGAAUUAUUUUCAUGAAGGAAAAGCUAAUGUAGCAAAGACGGUAAUUGAAACUGUGGAUGAGGAGAAGAAUUUGAUAGUUUUCAAAACAAUUGAAGGAGACCUUAUGGAGCAUUAUAAAACGUUCAAUUUUAUAGUUCAAGCUACUCCAAAGGGCAAAGGAAGUGUGGUUCAUUGGACUUUGAUUUAUGAGAAGCUUCAUGAAAACAUUCCACAUUCAUAUUCUAUGUUAGAGUUUGCUGCUGCCAUGUCCAAAGACAUUGAUGCAUACCUCAUGGGAGGCAAUUAA